AUGUUAGCACACUUCAGAGGUCGUCGGGUUAUCUGUGCCCUCUUCGUUACAUUGUUGUUCUCAGUCUUCCUCCUUACCUCGACCUACAAGGAAGACCUCAGAGAAUCUGUCGAUCGCUGGCACAACUCCUGGUCUGAUCCCCAAUCUACUUCUCAACUGCGCUCGCCUUUCGACAUAUUCCAGUCCAACGGCUCCUCCAUACAUCCCCAUCCCAUCGAUACCUUGCUCAAUCGCUCGAUUGGAUCAUGGCAAUCGUUACUCGCCAAGCGCUCUUACACCCAAACACAAGCAGCUUCAGCCUACCGGGCCAGAAGAGGUAGACAUCCGCCGCCACAUUUUGAUAAAUGGGUGCAAUAUGCACAAGCACAUGGCUGCGUUAUUGUUGAGGAUUUCUUUGACCAGAUAUAUCGAGAUAUCGAGCCAUUCUGGGGUGUGCCGGCGGAGGACAUACGACGGUCUGCUUCUUCGUCAUCAAAGAAGAUCAGCAUUCGCAAUGGAACUGCUUCUCAGAGUACAGAUGAAUGGCAUUUUAUCAGACACUACUUCGACAUGUUCAAGACCAUUGAAAAAUAUCUACCAGAUGUCGACAUACCGAUCAAUGUCAUGGACGAAUCUCGUAUUAUAGUCCCAUGGGAGGAGGUGGGCAAGCUUCUUGGUUCGAGUCACACAACCCAAGAUAUGUUCAUAACACCUCUUGUUCACCAGUACUCUACCAUUGAAGGCGACCCACAAACCCCCGAUGACGAAACUGCCUGGUCAGCACUCGUGCCAUAUUGGGAUGCUGUCAGAGUCGGGUGCCCACCGAAUUCCCCUGGAAGACAAGCACUGAGCGACACCAAUUUCUCCAGCCCGCCCGAGUUUUCGAGCACUUGGCCUGAAGGAUCACAUCUAGGCUACGUUAGCAACUGGACUUCUGCCAGAGACCCAUGUAUACAUGCACAUCUUCGAUACCUACACGGAAGUUUCGUGGAGCCAAUAUCUAUCUCGACCACUACCAAGAUGCUGCCUAUGUUUGGAGGCUCGAAGCUACCCAUGAGUAACGACAUUCUCCUCCCCGCUGCUUUAUAUUGGCAUGACGAGGAGCGAUUCGCACUCCAGAGUCGCCGAAUCUCAUGGAACUCGAAGCGCAAUGAGGUUCUUUGGAGAGGCACAGCAUCUGGGGGCCGCAAUAGAGCAGAGAACUGGACUCGGUUUCAGCGGCAUCGACUGGUCUCCAUUUUGAAUGGUACCCAGAUCCGAAUGGCUCUCAGACAGCAGGACGAGCUAGACACAGGCCUCUUGAACGGCACUGAGAAAUUACCUGUCAUAUUUCCACUCCCAGAUCAAGAUCUUUAUCCACUGCAAUCGAGCGCACUCGGCCUACUACCAGAAUGGAUUCAGGUCGUGUCAAAUGUUGCUUUCACAUGGCUUGCCUGCUUUCCAGGGACCAAAAGCUUUGGGUGUUCCUACACAGGCCAAUACUAUCGCAAGGGGUUUAAGAUGCCCUUUGACCGCAUGUUCUACGCCAAAUAUCUUCCGGACGUGGAUGGAAACUCCUUCUCAGGAAGAUUUAGGGCUUUCCUCCAGAGUAAUAGUGUCCCAAUCAAGGCUACGAUUUACAGUGAGUGGCAUGAUGAUAGGUUAAUGCCAUGGAUGCAUUUUCUACCUAUGGACAACACAUUCGUCGAUUUGUGGGCCAUUCUUGAGUAUCUGUUCAGUCAUGAUGAGCUAGCCAGUUGGAUCGGAUCCAUGGGCCGAGAGGCCGCUGAGACACUCUUGCGUAAGGAGGAUAUGCUUGCCUAUGUUUACCGCCUGAUUCUUGAAUAUGCCAGAGUGAGUGACGAUAGGCGUGAACUCAUGGGCUGGGUUGAAGCUCAAGAUUCCAAGUAA